AUGCGCGUAAAAAGCCUGCGCCUCCGUCGCUCCUGCGGCCGAGGCGCGUCGAACAUAGGAGACACACGAUGUAACGCAACAGAGUUUAGCGUCCAAUGCCGCCAAGUAGGUGCACCUGCGGGUGCUAAAGAGAGAGGUUUGCGAGUAAUCAACGCCUGCCUGCUCAUCGCAGCUGCCGCCGCACCAGCCCAGGGGGGCCCCUACCAACGAAAAGAGAGGGCCCCUCCCGACCUUAUCAACAGCAGUGAGGGGGAUAUCCCGCUGCUGUACAGUGCGGUCCCGUGCAAUCCUGUGGAAGAAACAGCGGCUAUAAAAACAGGUGCAUCAAAAGGGUUCGACAGCGUUGGAGGCGUAUCUCAGCAUGAUCCUCUUGUAGAAGGGAGAAUAUUUCCAGAGGAACCAACUUAUCCACUCGCAGUGCAGCAUAACUCGAUGCAUCUUUCGCAGGACCCUCCUGCUGUUGCUGUUGCCGCAGAAGCAGUAGAGAAGGGUUCUUGUCGAAGCAGCAGCCCAUUUGAAUCCGGGGAAAACGCAGCAUCCAUCGAGACAGCGUCUGCUUGCAAUGCAGAACCUAGCGAGGCGGCAGAAGUAAUCGCUCCUGUAGCAAACAGCGGUAAUAACAGCAGUAAUAACAGCAGUAAUAACAGCGGUAAUAACAGCAGUAAUAACAGCAGUAAUAACAGCGGUAAUAACAGCAGUAAUAACAACAAUAACAAAAAUACCAGCAGUGCGCCUGCGUUGGCUCUGGAUGAGGUGAGCGCUGCUUCUGCAUGCAGGUGGCUACGCAGCAGCAAGUAUGCUCUUGUUGCGGAGCUUCAGAGGAUUUUUGCACUGCUGCAGUGUGGCGUUCAAGCGGCAGUUCGGCCGGAGUCUCUCGCGGAGCUUCUUGCGGAUGAUGUGUCUUGCCAGGUGAGGCUUUUGGGCAUGUUGUGUCGUUUGGUCGUUCGUGUGGCUGCCGCUUCAAAGGACGCAGUGCUCCCUCGCGGCUGCCUUCUCUCUCUGCUUUGAUUAUGUGCGGUUGCUGCACAGGAGGACGCGAACGAGCUGCAACAUCGUCUGUUAGAGAUGCUUGAGGAGGAGCUAGGAGGCAGCAGCAGCCCGUGGAAUUUUCUGCCAAGCCUUUUUCGGGGAGCUCAUCUGCAAGCUGUGUCUUGCCGCAGCUGUGGUUACACCGGCCUUCGGGAGGAGACGUUUUACCAGCUCAGCUGCAGCCACAAGAAUGAAAAGAAGUCUGGUGACGACGUCAACGAAGGGCUCGGCUUGCAGCAGCAGCAGCAGCAGCAGCAGCAGCAGCUCCUGCAGCAGCAGCAGCAGCAGCAGCAUCAGGCACUGCAGCAGCAGCAGCAGCAACAGCAGCAU